AUGAUCGUCACGAGUGGCCCGGGCCGUGGCAAGUCAUUCCUGGCGUCGGCUGUUAUUGAUCAUAUCAAGGAUUCGAAACUCGACUCUGAAGGCCUCACCCUACUUGCUUAUAGCUAUCUCCAGGCUUCCGUCCGCGAAGAAGUCAAAGCAUCAUCUCACAAAGAUUCCAAACAAAGGAGUCGUGGCAUGGCAGAAUUGACUGGACAAGCAGCGAUUAGUGCUUUGAAAAGCAUCGUCUGGCAAUUUUGCAAACUCGAUAGAGAUUACCAGGACUUUGUGUUUCGGAUUUGUGAGGGCGACGAAGGCAAGAUGGAUGCCAUUCGGAUCUGGAAUGAUUUUGUUGUCGCUUAUAGUCCACAGGGCAAAUCAACAUUCUUCAUUGUUCUCGACGGCAUGCAGGAGGAAGAUAAGAACCUGCUCGUGUCCAUGAUGCAGUGUGCUCAUGAACAAAAGAGUCAACUGCGCAUUCGGGUCUUUGUCACUGCCGGAACUCAGAAAGUUCCGAGGAAUGCAGUCGUCAACACAUUCCCGCAGAUUUCUCUCGAUCCUGUUCCCAAUCUCAAAGAACUGGUGUCCAAUAUUGAUGAUGUCAAAAAGAUCGUCAAGUUCAAGCUUGCAGACACCUCGAUAUUCAGUCAGAAGAACGCGUGGAAUCAGGGAGUACAGCAACGAGUACUCGACACUCUGAGUCGUCAGGUCCAGAAUGACUUCCCACGCUUAAGCCUGGUAAUCAACGAAAUUGGGCAGUGCGUCAACUCUAGACAGAUUGACAGAAUACUUGAAAGACUCGACGAACCUAUCGAAGUGAACCUAGGCCGGCAGAUUCGCUCUUUGAAUUCCAAGUUGGCGUUAGAUGAGAUAAAGGAAGUAAACGCUCUUAUCUCUUGGUUGGAAAGUUACAAGACACAGUUUCGUAACUAUGAAACUGAUACACCAUAUUUGCUUGCUGAACAAUACGUCGAUGUUAAGCUGGGGAUACCACGGCUUAUACCUCUUUCUGAAAGUAUAGCGCAACGGUACUACUUGCUGUUUGAAGUAGAUGCUCGUGAUCACAUCAAGUGGCGCUAUGAAGAGAUCCAGCAGUAUCUGAGAAAAGAUUUCGAGGAUCAGCAAACUCUAAAAGAGAUACAUAAGAGGCAAGGAAAACAAUCUUCCACAACAGACCUGGAAGAGCUAGAUCUCUUGGAGCUGGUCAUACGAAACAAUCUCAACACGGUGUUUGGUACGCGAGGCGCUGAGCUAUUUGAUCGAUACGAGCUUGGGGAAUACUUCAUGUCGCAAAGAGUUCAACAUACAGAGAUGAUCUGUGCUGACGAGAAGAGCAAUCGAUACUCGGUCUUGUUUGUAUGUCUGCAGGUUCUAUGCGAGGAUGUAGGCAAACGACCAGUGCAUGAACUCCGUUAUCACGCUCGAAGAAUGCUACAUAAGUAUCUGCAAUGGGAUACAAAACAUAAACUGACGCCAGAGGAGAAUCAAUCAAUUGGCCGAUUCCUAGUAAAGCUACUCCGUAACGACACCGUCAUAGAUCGCUGGAGUCAAGACUCUAACUUGGGCAUCGUAGCUUGCUUUCCAUCUGACACAAAGAAAGAAGACGUGAUCUGGGAAUGGUUCAGAAAGAUUAGGACAUCUGGAGGCCUAGCUGGUCUGGAGGACCAAGAAUGGUUUUCAAAGAUCUCGAAGGAAAGGAAUGCGUGCAAGCCAAGUCACUGGGACUACGCGAUCGACAGGAUUGUUGAUGGCUGGUAUACGCAGAAGCGCGAUACGUGGAAUACCAUAACUGGUUUUCCUCGUGAAGAGGGACCUAGGGAAGUCCACGAAUGGUUACAGGCUAGAGGUCAUAAGCUCGACCCAGUUCUGCUGAUCAAACGUUUGGUGCAGGAGGCUGAUGAUGAGUAUUAUUACGGAGACCACAAGAGAUGGAUUUUGGAAAAAUGUAACGGCAUCAUCGAGGAAGCAGAACAGGAUCAAAGACCCAACGACACUAUCGCAUACAAGAGAAAGGUGGAUAUUUGGUGGGCUUAUUUCUACAGCGCGAAGGUUCUAACGGAAGACGGUUCAAGCGCAGAGGUCUCUACUCAGGACAAUCAAAAACCCGGCCCAACCAGCGGUCUCAAAGAAGCAAUCAGGCGCCUCAAGACCGCAACAUCCACAACGACCAAAGACAAAGAUUUCCUUGAGUGUUACUGGACUAAAAUGCUGCCAUUGCUUGCCCGCUGCCAGCUUCUAGAUCUUGACUUGGAGGGAGCUAUGAAUUCGUACUUGGAGAUGAUGAACGACGCAAGAAGCAGAGAGGCACUCAAGAUGAGUAUGCUUAGUCCAUUCACGCCUGACCUGGUUGCCAAAUUUUUGGAAUCGGCCAGCGAAAAAAAGGUGCCUAAUGCAGAGCAUCACUGGCUUCAUGAGUUGAUUGCAAGUGUCGAUUCCUCUGAGGCCGUUAUCUCGAUCAGUCUUGCGGCGUAUCACGUCAAAGACUGGAGAAGCAUUCGCGACACGAUCGAAGCUGUGCUUCAGCAACUGAACACGGAGAUUGAUAACGUCAAUGAUGACUCGGCUGCCGAAAGAGAUACCCCUACGCAAGACGAUAGAAACUCCGACAUUCGGCAGAAAUGUAACACUCAGAGGUUGGUGAAGACAGUUUUAGCUUACAUUCUUUGGCACAGAAGCGACAAAGCUGAAGAGCGCAGUAUGGCGCUGGAUCUUUGGACAGAGCUUGAGAUGAUAGACGUCUUACUCACAGUGCUUAUAAAACGCUCUGAAGCCAGAAAUUGGGUGGAACUCCAUAUUUCAGAAGAUAAUUAUGAGAGACGGUUAACGGAAGCGAUCUCCAAAGUCUGCGGUGCCUACCGGAACGUCCAGUCACCUGCAUCCAUCAGGUCGCACUUCAUAGCUGCGCGAUUAUGCAUGAAACUCGGAUCUCGAAAACGGGCAGAGGAUCUCAUCUCAAAGAUACUGGAGAACAAAAUCUACCGCGGGGGCACAGGUUCAGACAAACAACUAGAGGAGUACGGCAAAGCCUGUUUCAUCCUUGGCGAUGACCAAUGCGGCCACGACAUAUUCGGACAUAUGACCAAACAUGACUUUGCCAAACAUAAAGGAUGCCAUCAAAUAUGCGGAUCGGAACCUCCAGAUGCAGAAGCCGAGACGUAUCUCUGCAGAGAUUGCAUGCGCCUUCUGAAGCCACAUUGCUCCAAUGCACUCAAAAGAAGUGUCUGGUUAGCAGGUUUCUGCGAUCCAGAUCAUGAUCGCAUCACCCUUCAGCCUCCAAUGGCCAAAGAUGGCAGGAAUGGUAGUGCUGCCAUUGAUUUGGUGCGAGGAGUCGGCAGCAAGCACGGCUGGCUGGACGCCGACAGGGACGACGAAUGGGAUUAG